AAAGGGGGCAGAGGCGAGCUGCCGUGUGGGGCUGGGAAAGGAAUCGUGCAGACCUCCUGCUUUGCGCCAGUUAAAGGGAAAGCCAGCGAGAGGGAGGCUGCGGCUGCUUCCCCAUCCCAGGCAGAGGCGGAGCAGCGGCUCGCGGGGAGCCCGCUCCAUUUGCAGUGGCUGUUGCAGUUUCAGGGGAACUGCACCUCUACCCCUCCACCUCGAGGUCCACUCCAGAAGUGCCUCGUCCGAUCUCCAGUCAUCACCUGUCUCUGGGAGAACCACUCGCCAGGACAGAGAGGCAGUGACUGAGGGGAGGAAAAAAAAGAAAAGGGACAUUCAGGAGGAGCGAAUCGAUUUUGAACAGGAUCACGUCUGAAUUAAAUGGCUGAUAAACAGAUCAGUUUGCCUGCCAAGCUGAUCAAUGGAGGGAUAGCUGGGCUGAUUGGAGUCACUUGUGUAUUUCCCAUUGACUUGGCGAAAACUCGCCUGCAGAACCAGCAAAAUGGCCAGCGGAUGUACACCAGCAUGUCUGACUGCCUCAUUAAGACAAUCCGGUCGGAAGGUUACUUCGGCAUGUACAGAGGGGCUGCGGUGAACCUGACUCUAGUGACACCAGAAAAGGCCAUCAAGCUAGCGGCCAAUGACUUCUUCCGGUAUCAUCUCUCCAAAGAUGGGAAGAAGCUGACGCUGCUGAGGGAGAUGCUGGCUGGCUGCGGGGCAGGCACCUGCCAGGUGAUUGUCACCACUCCCAUGGAGAUGCUCAAAAUCCAGCUGCAGGAUGCAGGCCGAAUUGCGGCCCAGAAGAAGCUAAUGGCAGCACAAGCCCAGCUCUCCACCACCACCAGCGCUGGGGCAGCAGAGUCGGUAGUGGAGACACGGACCACGGCGACGCAAAUCACCAGGGAACUACUUCGGAGCAAAGGCAUCAUGGGGCUUUACAAGGGCCUUGGGGCCACGCUGCUAAGAGACGUCCCGUUUUCCAUUGUUUACUUCCCGUUGUUUGCGAACCUGAACAAGCUGGGCCAGAAGAGCCCUGACGUCAAGGCCCCAUUCUACGUGUCCUUCCUAUCCGGGUGCCUGGCGGGCAGCACGGCAGCAGUGGCUGUCAAUCCGUGUGAUGUAAUCAAGACAAGGCUGCAGUCCUUGAAAAGGGGCGUGAAUGAGGACACAUACUCAGGAAUCCUAGACUGCACCAGGAAAAUCUGGCAGAAGGAAGGGCCCCUGGCCUUCCUGAAGGGGGCGUACUGCAGAGCCUUGGUCAUCGCCCCGCUCUUCGGCAUCGCGCAAGUCGUCUAUUUCAUAGGCAUCGCGGAGUUCUUCCUCGACAUGCUUCCGAAGCGCCGGGAUUAACCUUUGCACGCACUCGCUGCUGGUCAGAAUUCAUCCAGCGUUGGUUGUCGUCGUCAAUGGUGUCAGAGCAACAGCACAAAGGGUUAAAGCAGCAACCUUGAGGGUGAAGGUCGUCUCCAAACAAUAAGUCCCUUCCACCUCUCGAUACGUCCCCAUCUCAUCCGGCCCUCCAGGACAAUACUUAAUUAUGCAUAUCUAUUAUUUUUAAUUGUCAUUCUUAAAGACACUGGUUAGCACAGACUGGGCUCACAGACCCCUGACCUUCUCCCAGCAAUGGGAGGGGAAGAAACUGCCCACAGCCUCUGAAUUACCAGGUAGUCAAGAAAGGCGCAAAAGAACCAAACUCUCUGUUCUCCCAGUCCCUCUUCUGGUGUGCCAAGCUUCUGGGAAGACAAGGCCCCAGCACACCUUCUAAAGGGGGACCAUAUUGUCAAUAGAGGAGGCAGGUAGAUGCCAGAAUCAAAAAGUUUCUUUGUAAGGACUUGUCCUGAAACCCCCCUAAAAUCAGCUGGACAUGGAUGAACUUCUUGGAGAUCAGAGGAGGAGAAAGGGUUUAUUUUUUUUUAAUGAAAGGGACUUCCUUGCUAAAUAGGGGCUGUGGGGCCUGUGUGGGGGGAGAUGUACACUGCACGUACUUGCAACGUGUCUGCUCUGUAAGAGUAUGUCCGUGGGAUCAUGUGUGAAUGAUUUCAGGUGCAUCUGUGUUUAGCUACGAGCUACAGGCGGGAGAGUGGAGAAUUUAAUGACAUGGGAUCAACUUUUUAUUUAUGCAGGAAAAACAAAUCCAAUUACAUUCCUUAAAUCAGCCCAGCUCUGAUGUGUCAAGCAGUUGCUCUACCCAGAGUACUGGUUGUGUGUGUCUUUUGACCCGUCUCUAAGAUGUGUUUCUCUCCUUUCCUGUGGGUGUUUGCACUCGCAAAGGGUCACUUAAAAAGAGGUCUCAGAGUCAGGCUUUUUGGUUAAAGAUCAGGAUAGGCCACAUCCUCAGCUGGUGUAAAUGGUUGUAGAUCCUUUGAAGUCCGUGAGCUCUGUUGAAAUCAGUGGGACUAUGAUAGUUUAUACCAACUGAGUAUCUGGCUCAAUUUACUUGGGGAUUGGGUUGCCAACUUCUUUAUCCAGACCAAAACUGGGAUGUGGAAAAGAAAUGAGGCCAGGGCAUCUGUUUUAUUUCCACAGGGACCUAAUUCCAUACGACUUACCUCUCAAAGGCCAGGUGUGGUUUUGCUAUGAUGUUUUCUCUGAAGGACAUACAGAGAGGCAGUAUGACUCCAAUCGGAUCCACGCCAGCAUAUGUGCGUCCAGUUGUGGGAUUGAGGACGAUAGCCAGUCUUCCUGCUCACUUUGGGGAGGUGGUCAUUGACUGGAUAACAGGAUGGCAACCCUAGACACGUACGAAUUCAGUUAAAGGGACACUCAUGUUUUUAAAAAAUCCAAACCUUUUCUUUAUCUGUCUUCACAAUCUCACUUUGAAUUGUCACAAGAGAGAGAACUGAAAAUCUGGUGUGCUUUAUUAUUGCACGUCAUUCCAUUUCAACAUGUACACUAAACUGGUCAGUUUCACUUUUUGUUUAUAGUCAGGUUCACUUUCUGCUUCCCCAUCACUAGCAUCAUGGUGAUGUUUGUUUCCGACACAACAGAUGAAGAAUAUCUUUAAAAAAACAGUUUCCACUUGAAAUCUGUGUAUUUCAACCCUCUUUAUUUAGGUUUUGUAAAACUUUUUCUUUGUAAAACCUAAAUUGGAGGCCAGUUGUCCUGAUCAAGCACCUUUAACGUAGAGGAGGUUGUUACACAGCUAAGUUCUCACUUUUGCCUAUGUGAAACAUAAAAAAUGACUUUAUCCUACACAGAUGGGACUCUGCAUAGAUGAUCUCUCGAUUCAUAACAAUCUUUUGUGAUCAGUACUAUGAUGCUUGUGUCACUCUGGAUUUUUCUGAGUUGCCCUUAAAGAAAAGUUUGGGGUUUUUUUUUCCGUAGGGUGACUCUUCUGCUUUAUGAUGUAUUAUGAAGGCCUGAAAGGUGUUCAGCUUUUUUAAGGAUUUUUUUGUUUGUUUUCUGCUUGGCUUUCGCAUGCGUGGUUCAGAUCCUCACCUAGGCUGGAAGAGUGAUGGUCGGAGAGCUAAUGAAAUGGUGAUGCCCCACGAGAGUGAAAGUUGAACAGUUGAUAGGGAAAGGAUUUCUAGUCACUACGUCAAACGUUUUUCUUUGUGUUAACACCUAUUUAAUGUUAACGACUAACUUACAUUUUGGAGGAAGGAAGGUUUUGUUUAACCCCAUCCGUUAUGGUACGAGAGCUCAGACUAAACAUCCCACGAGCCUCCCAGGCGUCAUCCAGCAAGACCCGGGAAACCCAAGAGCUGACAUGCCUGAUAUUUAAAAGGGAAAGAGCAAGUGACCACCUUCUCCUCUUUAGAAACAGGCCUUCUCUAUACCUCAUAAAGAAUCCAGAAGGAACACUAGCCUGAUUUUUGAACAGUCCUUUGCAGCUUACUUUGGUCUUUGCAUUUCUUGGCAAAAUUUUAAUGUUCAAAUGGUAAACGCCCCUACUCCCUCCCAGCCAAUAUAUUAUUGUGUAUGAGACUUACAAUUUGGGGAUAAAAAUACAUUGCCAGUAAGUGUGUCAGAAUGAAAUGAAGAGUUCAGUGGCAAAUACAGGUUUGAAGCAGCCUCUCCCCCUAAAAUAUGCUGCUCUUACUAUGGAUAUCUGUGCUCCCAGCUGUCUGCUUUGGUCCUAUUUGGUUUCACACUGUGAUGUGGACCAGCAAUGUUGUUGCCAUGGUUAUUGGGCACAGAAAAGGGCCUGGAAAAUGCUGCUUUAUGGCCUCAGACAAAGAUCCAUAGAAAAUAUCCCUCCCUUUCUCCCAUUUCCCCCCAGCUUUUAUUUUUAAAUUUCAGCAGAAAGAUUGCACACAGUGAGCCCUGUGCGGUGUGUCAGCGCGGGGCCUUUGUGAGCUGAAGUUCUUGGUGCUGACGAACUCACGCUGCUCCAGCCCAGUGAAGAGUCCUCUUUAGUGCCAAGAGACUUAAGGACUGACCUGUAAAAUUCUGAAGUCAGGAGCAAUUGCAUCUGCCUGAGAUCUGGAAUUUCAAAGGGGGGGGCUCUGGCGUUGCUGCAGUAACCGACUCUAGCUGGUGGCCCUGCAACCCGUCAAGUCAGAAGCUCUUACAUUAGCAUUUAAUAACCCCUCUCCCCCUCCCUCCCUCCAGGGCUAAGCCCUGUCCCUUCCUGGCAGGGCUGCCUGGUGCCACCCACGAAAGCUGCAGGUGCCUCCUUUUGUUCUGAUCAUUCCAGCCAUGGAGGGGAGCCGUCAGCAUUCGUAUCGGCAGCUGUAGCCCAUUGAUUAAAGUGGAAUCAGCUGCACUGGUGUAGAUUGUGUGUAUGCUAGGGCUUGGCACCAGAGGUUAAUAUCCCCGUGUGGACAAGGCCUUAGUGCAGCUCUAGAGACCAAACUGUAGAUGUUUCCAUUUAACAGAAAUGUGUCUCCCUGUUAGUUCUGUACACCCUAUCCCACCCCCUUCACGCUGGGCAUUACCAACAGGGCCAGCACUUCCCUGCAGGUGGUGUUGCUAGGGCCAUUGGGGAACUGCAGUACUCAAUGACUAGCUAACACCCUAUGGUCACCUUGCCAAGUCCAAGUGCAGAACCCACCCCAGUUAAGGGCCUGAGCCUGGAUUAUUAGCAGGCAUGAGUGCAGCUCACAUCUCUGCAGAGCUUUUCCUAAAGGAGGAGAGCAGGAUCAGGGUAAAGAGAGUUCGAGGUGAGUCCUGUGUCUUGAUUCCAGUGGCAGAUUGAGUACCACCCUGUGACCCAGUGGUGGGGCAGCGAGCUUGCAGGCCCACAUCUCACGGGGUUUUCAGAACAUGCCCAAACCCUCUGGAAGCUGGGAACAUUGGGUUGAUACCCAAAUCCCCUUUUCACAGCUUCAUGAACCCAGCAAAGCAUGUGUCGGGCACCAUCAUUGUACCAGUGUGUGAGCGCUACAGCUUUCAGCAAUGUGUUCUGCCUUUUGGGGGUGGAGUGGCCUGGGGCAGGGCCUGAGACUGGUACAGGGGAGGGAAGACUCUUUAAAAUGUAUUUAAUGCUGUAUGUUAAAAGUGUGUCACUUUCCUGUUUCCCUGGAGAUUAUCUCCGGUCACUCCAGCAGUGGAGGCCUGGAAUGCAGAAAUGCUGUUGUGGUUUUUUUCUGCAUGGGAAAGAGAUCUAUUUCCCACAAUCCCUUGAUUUUAUUUCCUGAUGAUUCUGCCAGCGACUGCUGUUCUGUUUGGGAACUUGAUUUGAGAUUGCAACACUGGCUGGCUCAGGGGCUCAAACAGAAGCACACUACUGUGUUGAAGCUGAAUGCUCCUAAAAGGAUUACCUGUUGCAAGAGGGAGGUCAGUGUCUGUGAUAAUUAGACCUAAAAAUGGAUUCCCUGGAACAACCUCUUGAAGAUUCCAAGGGUGUUUUAAACCUCGGAUACUGGUGUUUCUGUAGAAUAUGCCUGUGCGUGUGCAUAAAAUGCCCAGCCUGUUGCUUUUGUAGGAUGUGCCUGCUGUUGUCCCUUUCUGAUAUGAUCUGCACCUGCAGGUUUGUGUGGGGUGCACCAUGAGUCCUCUUUAGUUUAGUUUUGUUUCUUUCCAUCUCAGAAACAGGAAGGCUAAAAUUUUCAGAAGUGGCCUCUGAUUUUGGCUGUGCCCAAUCUCAGGUGCUUUGGGCUUGAGGCUUUUGGAAGAGCUGAGCACCCCAAAUUCUAAUUGAAGUGAGUAGUGUUUGGUGCCUCUGGAAAUCUGGCUCAUGACAUCUCAAAGUAGGCACCUAAAAUCAGGCUACUUUUGGAAAUGUUGGUCCUAAGUUUAUAACUCAUAGACAUGGCUGGGAUCCUGACAGCCAAGACUUUGGCUUGGGACCCCAUCAACAAAAGCCAGUGUUUAGACUUAGCAAUUUUGAGUAUUUCCCUUGUAGAGGUCUGAGUAGCUAAGAGAUGGUGGAGAAAACACAGACACAGAAAUAAUUUAGUCUCUCAAAAUGCAGACUUACCCGGAGCUGUGAGGAGCAUCCUGCAGGCUAAGCUGACUGGUAAUUGCGAUGCUCCUAGGAGAUCUGACGCUGUCCUCGCCAUUUGGUGUUCCUGUAGUUAGCAGGAAAAGAGUCUCCAUGGUAGGGGAAGAUGAAAAGCAUGAUGUGUGGACCAGUUCUAGUGAUCAGCAAGAACUUAAGUUUUGAGGUGGUGCUUUGACAUGGAUUUCUGCUCCCUUUAACUGCUUUGUUGUGGCCCAUGAUCGAGGGCCAAAUAGCUUUUGGGAGCACCAGUUGCUGAUCACCUAGCUGUGUAUGCAUGCGGAGUCUCACGCCACACGAUACUCUGCUUUGGGUGCUUUGUUGGAACGGGGACCCAUGGAUGUCCCAGUGUCUGCCCGAAGCCUCGCAGUAGGGGCCACGGGGUUUGGCCCAUCAGGACACAAUUACAAAAUCCAAAGGCAAACGUAAGGGCAUUGGCUCCAAAAACCUCUAUGAGCCAAGAUCUGUAGUGUGGGUCUACUGCUCCUUCGUUCCACCACAGUGACCUUUUGUGGAGCAUGCAGCAUUAGGAGUCUGUCAGGCUGCCUUUGCCAUCCAGCUAUGCCUGUGGCUCAUCCCACAAGGCCUGUCUACACUGGAGAAAUUGUCUAACCAGUUCAGCUAGAAUUUUUUUUUUUUUUUUUUUUUUCUGAAAUAGCUGAGAACCAUUGCCUAGCUCUAGAUUGAAGCAGUUAAGGCAGCCUGACCCAGUUGGAAGGCCAAGUGGUCAAGGCUGUUGCUCUGAUUGGGUUUUAAAACCGAUUUAGCUGUGCCAACUUGAAACCACUUACCAAAUCUGCCCAAUGUAGACAGGCCCUUAAUGCCAGGCUGUGUAAGAUCCUUGCAGUUCAGUGAAUCAUUGAAGGCCAGAAUCCCACGUCAAGUGGAAAAACAAAGCAGAGGUCACAGCAUUACAGUGGCUGAAUGCUUCAGUUUCCAUCAACUGUGGCCACUGCAACAGUUGUUGUAGCUUCCUUCUAUCCAGUUCAUCUGCAUCAUGUGCCCUGAGCAAAGGCAUCUUGACCACAGAUUACAGCCUCCUUUGUCAAUCGACUUUUUAGACUAGACGAUAGAAUCAGGUGAGGUUGUUUGUAACUGACCCUAAGGGAAGGGAGUGAGUGUGGUGUAGUGGUUAGAUCACACGAAUGGGAGAUGGGAAUUCUGGGAUCCACCUGGCUCUGCUGCUAACUCAGUGCCUCAGUGAGAUGGGGAAAAUCCUACUCGCAGAAAUGGCGAGGCUUAAUCCAUUUGCAUUCGUCUCUUGAGAUCAUCAGCCGGAAGGUACUACAGAAUGCAGCUUAUGGGUAUUAUAAGAAGGGUGGACUGUUCUUCAGAUAUGGAAUGGACAGCGCCUUCGGGCCCAAUUAAAUAAUAUGGAUUAAUGUGUCUUGGGGAAACCUGACCGGAUGCAAGAAUGGUAAUGUGAUAGCCAGAAUGGAGCCAUGCUAAUUUACAUCAGCUGAGGAUCUGGCCUUUACUUUGCAAUUAACAUGCACAAGGCAGAAAUAAUAUUUUAAAAAGAAAUCUGCAAAAUGUAACCACUGCUCCUUCUGGAUGUACGGGUUGUUUGCAAUAGGUUCUCUACGUCACCGUAAUGAGACCAGCUGGGAUGUUCCACUCUAGCCUGAUGUUCAGUUGUCCUUAGUCUCCUCCAUUCCUAACCAAUCAGAUGUACAGUGUGUGAAAUCUCUUGCAUUCCUGCAACAUUCAGGGAGAGCAGAGCAAACUGUUGCCCAGCCUGCAAAUAGUGCUGAUGCUUUUGGGAACCUAAGGCUGUCUAUGGGCUUCUGUAGGAUGUGCGUGCUGUUGUCCCCAAUGGACUUUGUGAGGCGUGUGACACGUUAAACUUGUGUUUUGUUGUUGUGCACUCACCAAACAGGGAGCCGUUGGCUUGAUUGGUUUUUACAGCAGCCCCAUGAGUGCAGGUUAAUAACAAACUGAGGCCAUCGUACAUGGCAUGUGAGCAGGAACUGGAAGAGGCACAGAGAAAGUUGGAGAGGGGGGCAGUCAUGGGGCUUGAGUCUGGCGGUGGUAGAAAAGGGUUUUUUUGGAGAGUAGGGGAUGGGGAGUGGCUACAGAAGGGUUCUGAUGAUCAGUGGCACUUGGUACCUGCCAUUCCCAUUAACUCCGCCCAAGGUUGAAGGUUCAGCACUAGAGCUGGUUAGAAUGGGCUUUUUGCCCAUGGAAAAUUUAGACCUUUUUAGUGGAAAAACCAAAAUAUUUUGGUUUGUAAAUGUUGCCAUGGUGCCUCAUGGGAGUCCUAGUUUGAGUGCCUGGUGCUCCCAUUGUCCUGUAGAGACUGGGCGUCUUGGUCACACGGCAUCUCCCAAGAUGCAUAGUAGUCUCUCCUCAAGGUGAGGAGAUUUGGGUGCAUCAUAGGAGCCCUGGGCCAGGGUACAUCAUGGGAGAUGUAGUAUGGCUGAAGAGCCAGGCUCACCGGGGAGAAGGGGAACAUGAGGAAAUCAAACUGCAGCUCCAUGAGGCACCAUGGCCGCAUACCCGAACUGAAAUGUUUUCUUCUUUGGAUGAAAUAGUUAGAUUGGAGGGCAUUUAUUUUAUUUUUUACAAAAUGAUUAAAUUUUCCAUGGACACUUAGUGAAAAACUUUGUUUUUGUGGUUUGGGUGGGUUGUGUUGUGUGUGUUUUUUCCAUCAAAAAAAAAAAAAAACUUUUGACCAGCCCUAUUCAGCCUCUCUGAAAAUGAGGCCCAUAGAAGCUGGGGGAGUCCAUGAAAGCUUCUGAUGGAAAGAGGGGAGUAGUGAAUACAAGGGCCCUGGGAGAGAGAAGUAAAGUGGGGGGAUUGUGUGGAAGGGACCUGAUGGGGGUUGGCAGAGAGAAUGAGGAGGGAGUAUGUAACGUGGCACAGGGGAGCGGAAACAAGAGGGGAUCUGCAGAAGAGACUCGGCACAGGGAGGAGGAGGACUGGCUAUACUUCAGGUACCAGACAUGCGGGUGGAGGUGUAUAGAAGGGACUAAAAAGACCUGACUGUGAAGAAGCCUUUGCUAUAGCACCCCAGGGUUUGAUCCUGCCAACACUGGGGAGUGGCAAAGCUUGUGUUGACCGGUCCAGGCUUGAGGGUCAGAUGCCCUGUGUUCUUUCCUGCUCCUGGAUGUUUUGCCUUUGGUUUCUGUAGGUGCAGGAGCAGGCCCUUUAUCUUCCAUCAGACAGUACAGUACCCAGUUACUAUACUGACACGAGCUCUGCAGACAAACAGGAACGGAGUGGAGGCCCAAUGCUGUUUCAGUGAGCACAACUUCCACAUGAGGGGGACACCUCUAGGAAGCUCUGCUUUGGUGCUGAUUGAUCCUAGGGACCGGAGCCUGACAGGAAGCAACAAGGGCAGGUACAAAGGCUUUCACCAAAUGGACCCCUCAAAGGAUAAUCUGUCUUCCCCUUGCACGUGUGUGGGGGAAGCAGGCUGGCACAAGAGAAGGGAAUGUUUUCCUGUACAACUUUAGCAUGGGGUGAGCUAUGCUAUCAAUGUAGGUUUGUGUGCAGCGAAAGACCUUUUUCCUCGAGUUACUCUUACGCCAUAAUCUACUAUGAAUAUUUCGGGGCUCACUGAUAGGUGGUCUCGCCCACGAGCGAGAGGGUCUGGAUUUCUAUUCAGUGUAUUGCUAUCUUACGUGGACGGUAUAAUCUGUGCUACAAUUGACUGUUACCUACGCUCAUCCCUGACUGAGCUUGGAAUCCACCACAUCACAGAAAGGAGCUGUGGGGUGUGGGUGGGUGUGUGCGUGUGUGUGUGUGUUUGGAUUUACUUUUCUCCUUCCUACAGCUUGAUUCUCCCUGACUCAUACUUUGGUGUGGAAGGGGGCCCGCCAUUCUCCCAUUUUCAUGGCUUUUGGGGACCAUGUUGAGCCUCAGGAGAAGGUGACUGACGUGAUACUUGGAAUGAUACCCUGGGCUCCGUGAGCUUUCCACCCUGCAGGCUUGGCCUCCACUAAGGUGACAGUAAAAAAUGAGCUCCAAAGCUGCCUUUGAGGAACGCUGUGGGUAAACAAGGGACUCCAUCCUCCAGAGCUGUCAACCCAGCACCUGGCCCCAGAAGAAUUUACUAAGCCAGGCACAAAAUGCGUUCUGGUUCAGAGUAGAAUUGAUUUCUCUCAGGAACGGGAGCAGACUCCCGUUUCCAUGGAAACAGGACUUCACUCCCUCCUACCCUACUGUAUGUGCCAUGCACUAAGCUCGUUGAGGCAAGCCCAUUUGUUUCCUAAGAAUCAGGGACUGCAACAAAAUGUCCUGUACCUUGGGUCUGCAGUUGUGCCUGAGGGACGGCAGAAGUGCUGCUGCCCUUGGUAUCUGGAGCAAAUAUUUUGAAUGAGGGUGUGCGAAGCAGGCCGGGAUACUUGGAGUCCUCUCCCCCCACACCCAUGUGCUCCAUUCUCUGACAGGCUGUCCAGGAGUCUGUAUGCUUCUGAUCUGGAGCACAAGGCCUCUGGAGAGAGACUGCUUCCUCUGGACAGUUCAGUUUGUUUAGAGUCAGCCUGUGGCUGCUCUAGAGUUGCAAUUCUGGAAGGGAAGCAGGGAGUCCUGAGACUAUCAUUUAAAGGCGCAACUGUAUCACAGCCUUUUCUGGAGACUAAUAUCAGUGGGUCUCUAAUUUCUUCAGAGAAGAAAUUUGUUCCCACACAAAUCUGGCCCUGUCACACUCUUCAUUCCUGGAUCCUACAAACACUGGAAAAUGCCCAUUGAUGAAGGUACAAUUAAAGAAAACCACUGUCACACAAAGCCAGUGGUUUGUGUGUCCCCGUUUGUGUGUGGUCACCUUCCCUGAAAAGUGCUAGACAUCCCACCGUUGCUUUGGACAGUUUGGGAGGCAAGGGGUGGUCUGAGCAUUGGCCCAAGAACCAGGAAUUUAACAACUGUAAUCUCAGCUCUGACACUUCCCUCCCUUGGUGAUCUUGGUCAGGUCACUUAAACUUGCUGCCUCCCCUUUUCCAUUGGUAAAAUAGAUCAUUUCUCCUACCUCACAGGAUGUUGAGACUGAAUUAGCUUCUGUUUAGAAAGUACUGCCUACAAGCGCUAAGUGUUGCUGUUCCUAGACUAGACUGAGAAGAGGCAGGCUUGGGAUUUACUAUAGUGGAGGGAUCUGUAAAAAGCUGGAAAAACAUGACUGUUCUUGACAAAAACUAGACACCCAGCAAAUCAGGAAUAGGCCGGAUGGUCACUUGGGUGCAGGGCACAAAUUGGGAGGCCUCAUCCAAAGCCUGCUGCAGUCCCUGGAGAGACUCCCACCGACGACAAUGGGCUUUGGAUCAAACCCAUGAGGGAGAAAGGAAGGGAUAUUUUCCUUGCUGAAAUAAAGUAAUGACAUGAGCAAAUCCAAGGAGAGGAUGUGCCAGACAAGUGUGCCUUUGGUUAGACACUUUUCCUUUGGCCCUGCUUGUGCCUGGAAGGUUCUCCUAUCCCUUGCAGUGAUCCAAGCACAUGGCACAUAUCCACUUCAUGCACAUUAGAUGCAUCCAAUGAACGGGAGGUGUAGGUAUGUGCAAGGGCAGAAUUGGCCGGCUGCGUGCGGGUACAACCUGCAUACAAGUUUUGUGCAUGUGUCAGGGUUUGCACAGCUCUGCACUGUAUUUACUCUGUGUGUGUGUGUGUGUGUGUGUGUGUGUUUGAUGUCUUCUCUUUUUGUUCUAUGAUAUUUCUCCCCCCACCCCCUGCCCCUUGGAAGGGAAAGCUGAACACGUGAUCCUUCCAAAGCCCACUGAAGUCCAUGAGAGUCCUUCCAUUGUCUUGACUGGGCAUUGGACAGCACCAAGGGGACUAGCAGCAUAAAAUCCCCCUUCUGUUUGCAUCACCCGUCUUUCCUCCCCAAAUGUGGCCCUCUAUGUGAUGUCCCAGUUCUUGCAGUGAUGAAGUGAAUGAUCCCUGCUGUACAGUGCACUGUUGGUGUCUGUGGUUUGGUGUCCGAGGUUCUAUCUGCUGCUCCUGAGGCAUUAAGGGAGCCAAGCUAUGAAAUCAGGCUUCUUUGUCGUUACCCAAUUUGCUAAUAUUUGCUGUUCUAUGCUAGGUACUUGUCAAGUCUUGGCAUUCCCAAUGCUGGCAUGAUUCCGUGCUGUUCUGAGUGCGCCCUGGGACCUUCUACUAAUGAAACGCUUAUCUUCUCAUUUCCAGUUCUCUUUAUUUUCUUGAUGUAGUUCUUGAGCAGUAGCUAAUCAGAACAUGGAAAAGACCAAUAGAUCCCCGUGUAACCGAUCCCAUUCAGCAACACUAAUCACGGUUAACAGUGUU